AUGGGAUCGAUGAUUAGCUCACAGAUGAAGGAGGUCAUGGGUGAACAAAUGAAGCAAAAUAAAGAAUCCAUGAGUGAAAUGCAAGAUACUAUGAUGGAACGACAAAUUGUGCUACAAGAUCAAAUCCGUCGGCGUCAAAUGGCAUCACAAAUCGCUAGAGCUAGAGAUUUCGUUGCUUGGUAUGGUUCGUUCUACGCCCUAGCUGGGAUUGGCCUUAUAGCUGCCUCUAGACGAACAAAGAACCGUGCUUAUUUAGGACCAUUAGUUCCACUCGGAUUUAUACUGGCGUAUCAAGCCGAUUUAGCUUAUGGGAAUAAAAUGGAUCGUAUACGAGCCGAAGCGGAGAGGAUUAUGUCUGAUGAGACUCACUACCUUGAGUUACCAUUUGGACGACCAACUCUUAAAGCCGUAGAAGAAGCAAGGAAGGCUUCCAAGAAAAGCUAA